AUGUUGACAUUACAGAGAACUUUUGUACGUAGUACAAUUCCGUGUGCAAUUGGAUCCGUGAGGUUCAAUUCGUCGAUUCCAGGUACAUCAGCUAAACAGAGUCCUUUCAAGAUUUCCACCACUUUGAUUAAGGACUCUGACAGAGAAAAACAUGAUGAUAAAGAGUUCAUUACUCAUCCAUUAUUUCCACAUCCAGUGUUCAAGGGGGAGGAAUGUGAAAGAGUGCAGGUUGAACACAGAGAACCCCAAUCUCGUGGAGAUAGGAUUGCGUUUAAGGGGAUCCAGCUUGUCAGGGGAUCAUUUGACUUUGUGACGGGAUACAAAAAACCUAGGAAUGAAAAAGAAGAAGAGCAUGGGUUCAAGGGUACUAGAUAUGAGAUGACAGAACCCAAGUGGUUAACUAGAUGUAUAUUUUUGGAGAGCAUUGCUGGUGUUCCGGGAAUGGUUGCUGCGUUCAUUAGACAUUUGCAUUCGCUCCGUCUUUUAAGGAGAGACAAGGCAUGGAUUGAAACUUUGUUAGACGAAGCUUACAACGAAAGAAUGCACUUGUUGACGUUCAUUAAGCUUGGUAGACCCUCGUGGUUCACCAGAUCGAUUAUUUACAUCGGCCAGGGUGUAUUUUGUAAUUUGUUUUUCAUGUGCUACUUAAUCAACCCUAGAUACUGCCAUAGAUUUGUUGGUUAUUUGGAAGAAGAGGCGGUUAGUACAUAUACCCAUUUAUUGAAUGAAUUAAAGAUGGGUAAGUUGAAAGAGUUUGACAAUAUUCAGAUUCCAGCUAUUAGUUGGCAAUACUGGCCAGAAUUGGAUGAAAAGUCCACUUUUACCGAUUUGAUAUUGAGAAUUCGGGCUGACGAAGCUAAGCACAGAGAAGUCAACCAUACAUUGGCCAACUUGAAUCAGAAGGGUGACAGAAACCCAUUUGCAUUACAGAUAAAAGAUACGGAUAAGAAGCAACCAACCAAUGGAUUAGAAACUCACAAAGGUACUGGUUGGGAUCGUGAUGAUUUAAUUCUUUAA